CAUUGUUACUGGUGUUCAAGAAAUCGUUUCGGAAAUUGUUGAAUCUGAAGUUGCCGGUAAAGCAACAUCAAAUACUCUAAUACAACAAUUAAUUGCUACAUCUAAGCAAACAAUUCCAGUUUUUAAAGAUGAUAAAAAUGAUGAUGAAGGAGAGCAAGAAAAAUCGACAUCAAGUAAUUCGCUUCGUCUUUCAUCAACUACAACUGUUAAGAAUGAA